ACCAUCCACCAUGUUUCCAGGUCCGAUGAAGGCCUCUACAAGUGCAACAUCAGCAGUGUUGGAGAGUCUCCACCCAGCUGGAUCUCUGUCACAGGUGAGGAGGUUACCUUUGAUUUCAGGAGUUCAUUCAUCCAGAUAUUCACCUGACAGCUGAUUCUCUCUACAGAGAAACCUACGACCACAAGACCUCCUAUGACCACAAGGUCUCCUAUGACCACAAGCCGAUCUCCGUGCACGCCACCGCCCCCUGACACCUCAGCUCCACCCCUGACCUCAGACCACUUCCCUCUUAUGUUCAGACUGGUCUGCCACCUGGUGGUGUUCUGUCCGUUCUGCAUCUCCACUUUCAUCAUGGGGUCUUUAUAUCGACACAGGACCAGAGGUAACACUCUCAACUCUACUGGUGCUGAUGGAACAGAAUACAAGGCUACAUAAAGUACCAAUCAAGCCUACCUGUUGCCAUGGUGAUGACCUCGCCCACCCAGGCUGAGGAGGGAUUGAAUGAUGAAUAUGAGAGCAUCACCAGAGAGCAUCACUUCUGAACUGAUCUGAAAAAAAAACUGAAAUCUCCGUAGAUCAGAAACAGUUCCCCAGGCUGUCUUGAUAUAAUUAUGAUUUAUACAUAUUCAAUAUGAAAUAAUUGCUUUAAGUUUGAAUUGCUCCUUUACUGCCAGCCACAGCUAUCUCUGUAAUCCAGAAUAUUUUAUAUUAUAACAAUAAAGCUGUUUUUCCCGUUGUUUUUCAUGAAAUUGAUCUGCAUUAUUUUCUGUCUUUUACAGGGUUUGUAUUUCAGUUCUCAGUUCAGUCAGUGUCUUUAACGUCAGCUCCCUAUCACUGCUGAGAGUGGGAAUGAGGCGCUCAUUGUAAAAAUGAGUUUGGAUGAAAGCAUCACAUCAUGUGUGCCGAGGAAACCACAACACUGAGCCACAGUCACAGAGGAAGGAGGAGGGCAUAGUGUAGACAUCAUUUCACCAACUGUUAGGAUGGAGGAAACAUCUCUACUGUGGCUACUCUUUCUGACCUCACUGCUGAGCAGCAGAACAAACCAAGCCUCUCUGACUGUGAGUCCGAGCAGCUCUCAGAUGUUUGAAGAACAGUCUGUCUCUCUGAGCUGUGAGAACGACGACAGCUCUGCUGGAUGGACUCUGAGGAGGAACAUUAGUUAUGAAACCAGGACUCGGUGUGGAUAUGGCUGGGGACACCUUGCUGGUUCUAUCUGUAACAUCAGCCCCAUGGUCCCAUGGUACAGUGGCGUUUACUGGUGUGAGUCCAGAGAGGGAGCAACCAGUAACAGCAUCACCAUCACUGUCACUGAUGGACCAGUGAUCCUGCAGAGUCCUGUCCUCCCUGUGAUGGAGGGAGAAGACCUCACUCUGACCUGUAAAACAAAGACGUCCUCCAACCUCCCAGCUGGUUUCUAUAAAGAUGACUCCUUCAUCAGGAGUGAGCCUGCAGGUCACAUGACCAUCCACCAUGUUUCCAGGUCUGAUGAAGGCCUCUAUAAGUGUCUCAUCAGCAGUGUUGGAGAGUCUCCAUCCAGCUGGGUCUCUGUCACAGAGAAACCAAUGACCACAAGACCCCUCCACCUUGUGUUCAGACUGGUCUGCCACCUGGUGGUGUUCUGUCCGUUCUGCAUCUCUACUUUCAUCAUGGUGUCUUUAUAUCGACACAGGGCCAAAGGAAAAUUCCUGCCUGUCGUCGUGGUUCCCAUCCGGGCUGAGGAUGGAAUGGAUGAAGACUAUGAUGAUGUCAUCACCGCUGCCACCACGGAGCAUCAGUUCUGAACUGAUCUGAAAAUAAGUUCAAAUAUAUAGAGUCCAAAAUCAGAUACAGAACGCUUACUAAAUUCUAGCUUUCCAGCAACCCAGAGUCUGGUUGGUUCUGGUAACUCACCAUUGGCAGGGUUGAGCCCUGCCAAUGGUGAGUUACAGGAUAAAGGGGCGGGAUAAACAGUUGUCUUUCAAAUUCCCUCUGCACACAA